CUCGGUGAACCCAGCCCUCCAGUGACUUGAGGCAGCAUGGCACCGAAACCUGCAUCCACCGCUGGCAAGGCCCCCGCGUCCACCGCGUCGAAGGCACCGGCCAAAACCACUUCGGAGGGUGUCAAGUCGGCGAAGAAGAGCACCAAGCCAGCCGCCGCAUCUGGAGACGACACGAAGAAACGCAGACGCAAGGCGCGUAAGGAGACGUACUCGUCGUACAUCUACAAGGUGCUCAAGCAGGUGCACCCGGAUACUGGUAUCUCCAACAAGGCGAUGGCUAUCUUGAACUCCUUCGUGAAUGAUAUAUUCGAACGCAUUGCCACUGAGGCGUCCAAGCUUGCUUCUUACUCGAAGAAGUCGACCAUCUCCUCUCGGGAGAUCCAGACUUCGGUCCGUCUUAUUCUCCCGGGUGAGUUGGCUAAACAUGCUAUCUCGGAGGGCACCAAGUCUGUGACCAAGUUCUCGAGUGCCGGCGCGAAGUAAAACAAUACGCAGUCGGCAGUGUCAGAGUGGUGGGUUUUUACGUGUAUAACAUAGGCCGUCGUUGUUGUAUUGUAUGUGUAUGUGUCUCUGUACUCGUUGUGUCGCCGUUUUGUCCCCCUGUCUGCAGACAUAAGUACUGCAAGUGGGCCCAACAGGUCGUCGAUGCCAGUGGCGCAUCAGCUUCUUU